UGCAGAUUUACAAACACAUUUACUCAAUGACAAUAAUAAUCAUGUUCAAAAGGGUGGUCUCCGAACCAUGCCCUUCAUCAUCGUGAAUGAAGCGUUUGAGAAAGUUGCGAGUGGUGGAUUGAUGUCAAACAUGAUGUUCUAUCUAAUGGAAGUUUAUCAAAUGGAAGCUGUGACCGGAACCAGCGUGAUCUACAUGUGGGCUGCACUUUCCACCGGUCUCGCCAUUUUUGGGGCUUUCAUCUCUGACUCUUAUUUGGGUCGGUUUCGGGUCAUUGCAUUUGGGUCUUUCUCUAGUCUUCUUGGGGUGAGUUUUCUCUGGUUGACAUCCAUUUUUCCACAACUAACACCUUCAGCUUCAUCUUGCCCGCCAACACCGGCCCAACUCGGUGUCCUUUUUGGAUCUUUGGGUCUAAUCUCAAUCGGGUCGGGCUGCAUAAAACCAUGUUCCAUAGCCUUUGGUGCAGACCAGCUCAAACACCAUAACAACCAGAGGCUCAUCGAUAGUUACUUCAACUGGUACUAUGCUUCUGCGACGAUUUCCACGGUUAUUGCUUCUACUGUUGUGGUCUACAUUCAAGACCGAUUUGGUUGGCGGGUCGGGUUCGCGGUUCCUGUUUUGGUCAUGUUAUGUUCUACUCUAAUGUUCUUACUCGGGUCACCUCUUUAUGUCAAAGUCAAAGUCAACAAGAGCCCGUUUACAGGUUUCGGGCAAGUUUUAAUCGCUGCGUUUAGGAACCGUAAGAUCAGUCUUGUUUCUGAUGAUUGCUAUAAUCACAACAAUGAAAUGGAUCGGGUUGAGCUAACCGACAACUUUAGGUUUCUUAACAAAGCAUGUGUUGUUAGAGAUGUAAACAUUGGUUCUCCGGGCUCGAACCCAUGUAGUGUCCCCACAGUCGAAAAGGUGGAAUCUCUAAAAUCCCUAAUUCGGAUAAUACCUGUUUGGUCAUCGGGCAUUCUACUGUUCACAAACAUUACACAAACUUUCCCGGUUCUUCAAGCGCAAAAAAUGAAUCGGAACAUCACCUCAUUGUUCGAGAUCCCAGCUGCAUCUUUUAGCUUGUUCAUGCUUUUGACAGUCACAAUAUGGAUCUUGUUUUACGAUCGUAUUUUGGUCCCAUUUCUAGCAAAAUUUACACACGAGCCACGCGGGCUCCACCCAAAAACACGAAUGGGAAUUGGGUUAAUAUUGUCAAUCAUAGCCUUGGUAGUAUCUGCAAUUGUGGAAACCAUAAGGCGUGAUUUAGCAAACUCAAACACGCCAGUUGACAUGUCAGCAAUGUGGUUGGUCCCACAGUUAGUGUUACUAGGUUUAGCUGAAGCGUUUAAUGCAAUCGGGCAGAUGGAAUUUUAUUAUUCCGAGCUCCCAAAAAGUAUGGCGAGUUUAGCAAUGGCUUUUUUUAUGGUGAGCAUGGCGGUUGCUGCAAUUGUCGGAAGCCUUAUAAUCAACAUUGUAGACUCAGUUACAUGCCAAGGAAGUGAUAUAAGUUGGGUAUCGAGUGAUAUCAACAAGGGCCACGUGGAUUACUAUUAUUGGUUGCUUGGUUUCUUGAAUUUGCUCAACUUUUUGUACUAUUUAAUAUGUUGUCGUGUUCAUCGGAGUUUUUCUUCGUCGGAAAGUAGGUUGUCACAUUAGGUUGGAGAAGAAGGAUCUGAUAGCCUUGAAGACAACUCCAUUUACAAGGUAUAAAUUAGUUGUAAAUCCCAACUUUAUGUUUGUAUUUUUUAUUUGAUUAUGUAAGAUUGGUAUUCUGUGAUUUGUAUUGAUUACAAUAAUCUGAAUAUAUACACGUUACAGCGAGAUCUCCUCUCAA